GUGAAGCUGCUUGAUCCUCACUCUCAAUGCCUAUUCAUCAUUGGGUCUGAAAAGAAAACAAAAACACAAGACAUACUGCUCUUACACCACAUCUUCAGUCAACUGGACACCAUCCUAGGAAAUCUUACGGCAGAAUUACUUGCACAGUGGAAAAUAAAAGGACAAUGGUAUAGAUACAAAAUUGUGGUGUUGGCAAAAAUCCAGAAAUAGUACCUUUCUGCCUUGACUUACAACCGUGAAAAGGCUCUCCAGGGAAUUUCAGGGGCUCUUAUAGUCUUCAUAGAAAAAAGUCAAUGCACACAUGCUUUUCUGACUACCCAACUUCAAAUAAGUCCUCCCUUCUGCUGGCAGGCCAUCAUACUCAAACUACAGGACAGAAGAUCCAAGUGUUUCUGAAGGGACUGACAGCAUCAGAAAGCACUCAGAGCACUGAAAGAAUGGAAAAAGCUGUCCUUGUCAACCAAACUUUAGUGAUGUCUUUUCGGCUUAGAGGUUUAUCUGUAAAUCCAAAGGUGCAGAUGGCUAUAUUUUUCAUGUUCCUCAUUUUCUAUGUCCUGACACUGAUUGGUAACAUCCUCAUUGUCAUAACUAUCAUAUAUGACCACCGGCUGCACACACCCAUGUACUUCUUCCUCAGCAAUCUGUCCUUCAUUGAUGUCUGCCACUCCACAGUCACUGUCCCAAAGAUGCUGAGAGACACCUUGUCAGAAGAAAAGCUCAUCCCUUUUGAUGCCUGUGUGGUCCAGAUGUUCUUCCUGCACCUCUUUGCCUGCACAGAGAUCUUCCUGCUUACUGUCAUGGCCUACGAUAGAUAUGUGGCCAUUUGUAAACCCUUACAGUAUAUGACCGUGAUGAACUGGAAGGUGUGUAUGCUACUAGCAGGGGCCCUAUGGACAGGGGGGGCCAUCCACUCUAUCUCUCUCACCUCACUCACCAUCAAUCUGCCCUAUUGUGGUCCUGAUGAGAUUGAUAACUUCUUCUGUGAUGUGCCUCAGGUGAUCAAACUGGCUUGCACUGAUACCCGCAUCAUUGAGAUUCUCAUUGUCUCCAACAGUGGGCUGAUCUCUGUGGUAUGUUUUGUGGUUCUUGUAGUGUCCUAUGCUGUCAUUCUGGUGAAUCUGAGGCAACAGAUCUCUGAGGGGAAGAGGAAAGCCCUGUCCACCUGUGCAGCUCACCUCACCGUAGUCACACUGUUCCUGGGACACUGUAUCUUCAUCUACUCACGCCCAUCAACCAGCCUUCCAGAAGAUAAGGUUGUGUCUGUGUUUUUCACCGCUGUCACCCCUCUGCUGAACCCUAUAAUCUAUACCCUUAGAAAUGAGGACAUGAAGAAUGCCUUGAACAAGUUAAUAAGAAGGAAAGAAAUAAAAGAAAAGUGAAAAUACUAA